CAAGAAUACGUUGUAAACCAGAUUGUCAGUGAGUUUCCGGACUUUGGGAAAUAUGUCUCCACUGUUAGAACCCUCUGGCUGAUUGACCGUUUUCGCUUUCCCGAAGUUCUCUGUUCGUGUCUAAGUCCUGUGGCCACGGGUCAAGUGACUUCACUUAGUCAGUUGCCCGAAAUUUUUCCCGACCAAGCUAGGAUAGUGGCGGAAUACUGUUCUUGCUGUGGCGAGACCGAGUUGGCCAAUCUCUUUGCCCCGAAUUGCGACGCUUUGUCGUCAUCACCUUCAUCUCUACUGCACAUCGGGUCGUGCGGAGGUGCUCUUCCCGCUCUCUAUCACGCUCGGCGACUAUACUUCCAGCAAAACGAUCGUGAUUCUGCGGCCAAAGUGCUUCUGGAAGUGGCUGACACAUUGAGGAAGCAAGAAACGUCACUUCACGGAGAUGCACACACUGCCUGCGAUUGUCUGGCAGUUGAGGAUUUUCAUAUCCAGAUUCAGCUAGCUACUACUAAUACUUUCGCACUCGAAUGGCGCUGUUUGAGCAGCUACUCGCUCUUUCCACAUUCAGGCGGUCUGUUCUUGGAUUUCAUCAACCUCGGUUUGACAACAUGGGAGGCAGACGUCGUCUUCUCUGAUAUGCGUCGAAGAGGGGAAAAUCGCCUCCUUUAUGCCUGUCUCAUUGCUCGAGCACAGUACAAGGAAGCUCAAGACCUUCUCGCCGAGGUUGAUUCCGAUAUCGUUUCACAAAUGUCGAGACACAGCACUCACAAACUCUCUAGGACUCCAGUUGUCUGUGCCUUAUCAUCAACCAUAAACCAUUGUCUCCCGCACCUUCAAUACCUCCUCCCCUUUUCCACUCUUAUCAACCCUAUUCACUCUAACGAACAAGGCACCUCUUCCACUGAUGCUAAUUCUACCGAAGAAAACGUGAACAAUGAAGUUCACUUGGAGUGCGUUGAGAUGGAUUCCACUCACGCCUCGCCUGCAUCAUCGACCGGACAACUUCCAAGGCGGUUCGCAACUCCUAAGGGUCGUCGUCUCUCUAUUCAACCUUCCACUGCUGAUAGGAAUCAAGCAUCUGAAUUUUGGAACUACUAUGAUGUAGCUCAGCGCGUACUUCGAGGUGAAAAACCCUUCGAGGCGCAGUCCCCGGUGAAGCCAAGGAUUACCGAUAGUGCUCGGAGACUAAGUCGGAAAUUGCGUCAAGCAGAUACCUCCGAGAAUGCUUCUCUCCGUUCGGGCACAGAUUUCUGGACUGAGUUAAGUAAACUGCGCGAGGUAGAGUUGAGCAAACCAACAAAUGUAUCUGCUGCUCCUGCUGCAUCAAUCCUGAAGAUGCCUUCUGAGCCGUCCCGAGAGUGUACAAAAACACCAUCACCUACUUACAAGGCAACUGAGGCGGAUAUCUCGUUUCAGGAUUGUCACGAAGCCACAUCCUCCCUUGAAGUCGAUGAAGACGAUGUCGAAGUCACGAUUAAUCCCCACACCCUGCAGCUAGGUCACAAGGUCUCCAUAACUGGAACGAUGGCAGAGCAAUCUGUGAUUUCAGAGUCCGUUCCAGUCAUAUCGUCUUCCUCCACUAAGUUCACCUUUUCUCCCCCAAAUCGAACUGUAAUCAGCCGUUCUGGACAGAUGGACGAGGUGGCGCAGGCGUUGUGCUCGGCCACUCACUUUGCAUUCGCCUCACCGGCCACUUACCUGAUGAACAAAUUCCUUUCCUCUACUUCGGGUGUUGCCUCCCCGAUUGGCGAAGUGGGGAAGGAGUGCGGCCCGUUGGAAACCUCCUACGGUGUUACCUCAACUUCGGGGGUUGAGGACAUCUCUGCCUAUGAACCUCAGGAUGAGGCCAUAGAAGACUUGAGAGAAGAUGCUGAGGAUGCUGGAGAUGGGACUGAAUCAGCUGCCACUGGUGAUGUGCGUAGCGACGCUGCUGAGGCCGUUGUGGCGACCGAUGAGGACGAAACUUCAACUCAUCCAGGGACUGAAGAGGACGAACGAUCAGAGGCAAGUUUGCAACCAUCGCGACGUUCCAGACGGAAAGUAAAAAAACCCGAACGAUAUCACUAUUGA